AUGAAGAAUAGCUAUUUAGAAAGAAAAAAAUAUUCAAUUCAUAAUUUAAUUAAAAUAAUUAAUGAAAGAAAAAAAGAAAAUGAUAGAAAUAAAGAAAAUAUAGAAUACAAUAAAAAAGAAUUAGGAGAUGAAAACAAUGAAAUAUAUAGCAAUAUGAAAAAAAAAAAGAGCAAAAAAAAACAAAAACAAAUGAAUUUGGAUAAUGAGAAAAGUGUAAACAGUUCUGGUCAAUCUACAAUUGAAUUUAAUGGAAAAGAUGAUUGUAUAAAAGAAAUUAGCGAUAAUGAAGAACCUGAUGAUGAUAAUGAUAUUAAUGAUAAAAAAGAUGAAUUUGUAAAUGAAAUAAAUGAUAAUGAAAACCAAUGCACAAGUGAACAUAGUGAUAAUAUCAAUAAAAAUAGAGAUGAAAUUAAAUUAUUUAUGAUUGAUUACAAGGAGUGUCAAAAUAAAAAAUGCUCAUGUAAAAAACUAUAUCGUUUUAAAAAAAUAAAGAAAGUUCAAGCAAAUAAAAAAUUUAAGGGAAUUGUAUUAACGCCAUUUUGUGAAAAAUAUUUUUCAAUAAAUGAUAAACAUAUUGUUGAAAAUUUUGGAUUAUCAGUAGUUGAUUGCUCAUGGAAAUCAUUAGAUUUAUUAAAAAAAAUAAAAUAUUCUAAUCAAAGAAAGUUACCCUAUAUUAUUGCAGUUAAUAGUAUCAACUAUGGAAAGCCCUAUAAGCUUUCAUGUUUAGAAUCACUAGCUUUCUGUUUAUAUAUAUGUAAUUAUAAUAAACAAUGCAAUGAUAUACUAAACAUAUAUAAAUGGAGUAUUAACUUUACUAAUUUAAACAAAGAAUUAUUAGAUAAAUAUAAGUUAUGUAAAAAUCAUGAUGAAAUUAAAAAAGCUGAAAUUCAAUUCAUAGAAACUUAUUUAGAUGAAAAAAAAGAAAAUAAAAAAAUAGAUCAAUAUAAAAUUAUUUAUGAAGAUAAUUAUAUAUAA